AUUUCAAAUUCUUUGAGUUCUCAUGUCCUAAACUCCUAACCAAAGUUCUGUAAUUCAUAUUAAGUUGCAAAACUGAAAACAUAAAUUUAAUAUACGAUUACAAUUUACAGUGUUAACAUAUAAGACAUAAAGAAUCAACUUAUUUUUAAAAGAAAACAAAAUUUCAAUCAAAAAGAAAAUGGAUUUUGGAAUUCCAUUUAUUUCAGGGUUAUGUUGCGGCUUAACUAUCGGCGUUUCAUUCUUUGCUGUUCGUAAUUAUUUUGGAUCAUUCAAAACAGCAAAAGAAUGUGUCAAGAAGUUGGCCUCACGAGAAGAAUACAAAUUAGUGCUUGUUGUUCGAACUGAUUUAAAUAUGAGUAAAGGAAAGAUAGCAGCUCAAUGUGGUCAUGCUGCAGUAGGAGCGUAUGAGAAGGCAUUAAAAAAAGACCCAGAAGGAUUGAAAUCUUGGCAGAUGACUGGACAGGCCAAAAUAGCACUUAAAACAGAUUCUGUAGACGAAAUUCAACAAAUAGCAAAGAACGCGAAACAAAUGGGAUUAAUAACAUCAUUAAUAAGAGAUGCAGGAAGGACUCAGAUUGCCCCCAACUCAAUUACUGUUCUUGGAGUUGGGCCAGCUCCUAAAGAUGUUGUGGAUAGAGUUACAGGCCAUCUGAAACUUCUAUGAUAAACGGCUUCAAAUUGCUAGUGAUAUACCAUGUGCUUUUUAAAAUUUAUACCUUAAAACUAACAGUUGAAUAAUUGGAAGCAGAAAUGACAGAAGAAGUUGCAUUCUCUGCAAUUUUAGUCCCUAAUCUAUUAGAGUUAUUUGAAUGAUAAUAAUGUCAUGUAGGUAUAUAUUAAAACAAUAACCUUGA